GGAGAAGGUGUUGGAGGGUGGCGUCCGUCCUAUAGCCGGAUUUCUGACCUUCGAGGCACUCUCUGGGGCAGGCAUAGGUACCGUCCGUGUCCCUGGGCUUUUUCUACCCUUCGACGCUCGUCUCGGGGCACCGGGCGGUCCUGUCCUUCGAGGUGAGUGUCUUAUUCUAUCUCCGCUCGUCUUCUAAUCCUUUGUUAUUUUUUGCAGGUCCUCCGCCAGACAGAGAUCAAAUGAACCACGCCGAGUGCCUGAAGACCAGGAAGGCCAAAGCGGCCGCUGCUAAAGCUGCGAUGGAGAAGGCCAAGAAUGCCCCCGCCUCGGCGUCCAACUCCUCGGUUUCUGACGCUGCCCGGCGAACCGCCGAGGGUGAGCAGCAUCUGAUUGCCACUAUGCUGGCUCAGGGUUCCGGGGCCCCUGCUCUUGAAGCCGCCCCUCCACCGCCGGUCGUCCCGUUGAAGGCGGCUCCUCAAAAGGGGACGGAGAAGGUCCCCGAAAAGAAACAAAAGAGGGGCCGCGAGGCUGUCUCCGCCGGGCCCCUGCUUGAAGACGCCGGCUCCUUGCCGUUGAGCCGCCCGGCGGAAGAGCUUUGGAGGGAAAUGGCCCUCAAGGCUGGCCUAGAGCUGCCCAGCCGUUCGUCUUCGGAGGCGACAAGUGCUGCCCUGGCAGCCGCUCUUCAGUCUGGGCUUCUAGUCCUUCAGGCUGAAGCUGCCAGGGAGGCCGAUCUGAAGGAGGCCAAAGCUAAAGCCGAUGCGGCCAUCGCUGCGGCUCGAGAGGCCGCUCGCCGAGCUGAAGCAGAGGCUACGGCUAAGGGGAAGGAGAUCGCCGCCCUGCGGGCAGAAUCCCGCCAGCAGCUAGUCAGCCUUGAGAAAGCUGGCUUCAAGCUUGUCCCGGUGCACCCUGUCGCGAAGGAUGCGAGUCCGGAGUGGCUGGUUGAUACCUCCGGCUACCGGAACACUGGGGAGUUCAUGGACUCUGCCAAAGAUUAUUGUGCCGGAGUCUUCGCCGACUUGUUUGCCGCGGCUCUGGAGAAGAUACCGCCCCGCCAGCGUCUGGCCCGCGGCGUCCGGCUGCUUGAGGGUUCUCCUCUGUCCCGCAAGUUCCUGUACGAGGUCGGUGACAGCACCUUCUCAGCCGGGUAUAACGAAGGGGUUAAGGCCACCCUCCCCAUCUUUUCGAGGCUGCAAGGGGCCGACUUCGAGCUGGCAGCGAAUACAGACGACGAUCUGCUGCUCCAGGCUCUAGGGAAACUGGCGAGGGACCAGCGGCGGGAGGAAGCCAAGGCUAGAGGGGAAAUUCCGGAACCCCCGUCCCCCGAGCCCGAGGAAGAGGAGGAGGAGCUGAACCAGGGUGGCAGCCGACCGGAAUCACCUUUCUUUGUAUAAUGUAAUUUGUACUUUUCCAUUCUAACUUUUGUAAUGUCCGGCCGUCAGAGCCGAAGAAUACAGACGCCCUUUUGCCCAUAGUUGUUCCAUGUUCAUGAUUUCUACUUGUUAUUUUCCUUCCCUUUGUCCUCCGUUGUAUGGAACUCCCUUCGGCGGUCAGAGUUCGAGAGGACGUUCGUAUCCGUCCUCUACUUGCUUCCAGGCAAAAGCGUCCCGAAGUCAAUCCUCCGUACGUAUUCAACGCGUUCCGUCAAUGGAGCGACGUUCGUCGGCGGUUUAUGGUGCAUGCUCGAAGUGUAAGCAUAGGAACGUAUUCCUCAGCACCAGCACUUGAUAACGAUGUCCGCCCGUUGUCGCGUGAUAUGAACAUUCAAACCACGCGCGGGACGUUCGUCUGUUCUGCGUGCUCAUCUGACACGAAGUGUGGAAAGGCGACGUUCAUCCUUUGUGCACAAUCAAUGGACGUGACUUUCACUUCAUCCUUUUGUGCCCAUCGUUUGUAGUAUAAGGAAUCCCUUCGGCACCUCGACACAUCCUCACCGCCUACGCGGUCUCUGGUCAGUGUGAAGACGUUCGUCGGUAAUUGCCUUGCCAGCACACGAUUCACGUAUGGACUUAUGGGCGUACUUCCUUGAAACAGCGCUUGGUGACGACGUCCGUCCAUGUUUGCGUGACAUGAGAAACCAGUGUACUGGAAGAGGGACGUCGCCAGCUGAUGUGUGUGCCCUCGAUCACCGCCGACGCUAGGGUCAGCUGGGGGGCUAAGGAAGCAAGGGAAAUCAACUGUCUACAGAUUCCUCCUCAAGGGACGUUCGUGGCACGGACCCGGAUGUCUUUGUGUGGGUUAUGCGGCGACAAAAUCGAGACGCCUUAAAUACCGUGGUAGGUACCGGUAUCCAGGCGCCACGUGUCCUGCUUCGGUUGGGGCAAUCCCGCGGUGUUGCCUAUAAAUAC